AUGAAUGCCGGUUCACAAGGCUACGCAGUUAGAGGAUUUGGCCAAGCCAUAGUCGCUGCAAAAACCCUUAAACGGGAAAAACCCAAAUCGGCCAUUGUUGUAGUCAACCCUCUCCUCAAGAUGCUCUACAUAGACGAACUAAGCACUGCACACUGUACGUGUGCCCUCAUUGAAAAGCUUGGAUAUUCGUUCUACGCUAUCUCACACUACUUUCAACAUAAGGACCCAAUCGAAAUCCAUAUCGGACACUUAAGAAAGGUCCUAACGACCCUUAGAGGCAAGCAAGUUCUUAUCUGUAUGGAUGCGAACGCCCGAUAUCCUCUGUGGUCACUAGACGUCGAUACCAGAGGGGAAAAGCGUGCAAACUUCCUCACCGAAUUCGGUCUUGAAGUUCUCAAUAGAAUUGAAGAAGGCCCCACUUACAGCUCCCCAAGAGGGGAAUCGCACAUUGACGUGACCGUAGCUACUCAAGGACUGUCACAGUACCUUAGUAAAUGGUCAGUCGAGAGAGAGUGGGUACAGGGAUCGGACCAUAUGGCCAUCGGAAUCCAGCUUGGUCGAAGCGAAGUGCAGGGUGCAACUUACACGGAGACAACCCGACGGUUCAAUGUCAAAGCAGCCGAUUGGGAAGCCUUUGGAAAGCUGAUACCCGAGCUAGAGAGCACACUUUCCGCUGGACCACCGCUGGACUCUCCGAUGAACAUUGACAGAUUCGCUGUCACUCUCGCAGAUGAGUUAACGGACAUUUGUGAAAAGUCCAUGCCACGACGUAAAGCACCAAGGAAAGCGAAUCCUUGGUGGAAUAGCCACCUAUCCUGCCUGAAGCGCAGCGUUUACAGACUACGCCAUAGAUCCCAACGUACCAAGAAGCUUGGUACAAGCGCCCACCGAACCACGACGGCGAGACUCCGAUACCGCCAGCAGGUAAGGAUGUACUCCAGAGAAAUCAAAAGAGCGAAGACAGACAGCUGGAAGAAGUUUGUUACAACCCACGGGACGAGGAAAAAUGGGACGUAG